UAAAGGGGGGAGACCUUCUCCGGCUGGAAUCUGCCCCCCUAGGGCAGCCCUGGGCUCUGCGGACACCACCCCCUGAGCUGGAGACAGCAGGUGACGCCGGGAUGGCGAGUGAGAACGGGGAGGAGAAGCCCCAGCAGGAUGAUGGUGAUCCAGGAGGACGUUUGCUGUGGUUGGCCAAAGCCUGUGAGAGUCAGCGCAGGGCGGAGGAAACCGUCAGGAGCUGCUCACACCGUGUGAGCAUCCUCACGGGCGAGAGACCCUACACAUGCUCUGAGUGUGGGAAAAGCUUCAGCCAGAGCUCCUCCCUUAUUAGACACCAGAGAAUCCACACAGGAGAGACCCCGUUCGCAUGCGCCGAGUGCGGGAAACGCUUUAGCCAGAGCUCAUCCCUGGUCACCCACCGGAGAAUCCACACCGGCGAGACGCCCUACACCUGCGCCGAGUGCGGGAAAAGCUUCCGGCGGAGCUCAAACCUGAUCACGCACCAGAGAAUCCACACCGGCGAGACGCCCUACACCUGCGCCGAGUGCGGGAAAAGCUUCCGGCAGAGCUCAAACCUCAUCACGCAUUGGAGGAUCCACACCGGCGAGACGCCCUACACCUGCGCCGAGUGCGGGAAACGCUUCAGCCAGAGCUCAACCUUCAUUCGACAUCAGACCAUCCACACCGGGGAGACGCCCUACGCCUGCGCCGAGUGCGGGAAAAGCUUCAAUCGGUGCUCUGCCCUGGUCACGCACCGGAGGAUCCACACGGGAGAGACGCCCUACAGCUGCGCCGAGUGCGGGAAACGCUUCAGUCUGAGCUCGACCCUCAUCGCACACCGGAGGAUCCACACCGGAGACACGCCCUACACCUGCGCCGAGUGCGGGAAAAGCUUCCGGCAGAGCUCAAACCUGAACACCCAUCGGAGGAUCCACACCGGGGAGACGCCCUAUGCCUGCGCCGAGUGCGGGAAAUGCUUCAGCCAGAGAUCCACCUUUAUUAGACAUCGGCGAGUCCACACGGGGGAGAUGCCUUACACGUGCUCUGAGUGCGGGAAAAGCUUCCGGCAGAGCUCGACCCUCAUCACGCAUUGGAGAAUCCACAUGGAAGAGGCCCCCUACGCCUGCUCCGAGUGCGGGAAACGUUUUAGCCACAGCUCUGCCCUUAUUAGACAUCUGAGGAUCCACACCGGGGAGACCCCUUACCCGUGCUCUGAGUGCGGGAAACGUUUCAGCCACAGCUCUGCCUUGACCACGCACUGGAGAAUCCACACGGGAGAGACGCCCUACAAAUGCUCCGAGUGCGGGAAAAGCUUCCGGCGAAGCUCCGGCCUCCGCACCCAUUGGAGGAUUCACACCGGCGAGACGCCCUACACGUGCUCCGAGUGUGGGAAAAGCUUCAGCCACAGCUCCACUCUGACCACCCACCGGAGAAUCCACACCGGGGAGACGCCCUAUGCCUGCGCCGAGUGCGGGAAACGCUUCCGGCAGAGAUCCAGCCUCAUCACGCACCGGAGGAUUCACACCGGAGAGACGCCCUACGCCUGCUCCGAGUGUGGGAAACGCUUCCGGCAGAGCUCAAACCUUAUCUCUCAUCAGAGAAUCCACAUGGGGGAGACACGCUGAAUGUGCUCUGAGUGCGGGAAAAACUUCAGUCAUGGCGCAUCCUUCCUUAGACACCAGAGAAUCCCCACGGGUGAGAGACCCUAUACGUGCUCCGAGUGUGGGAAAAUCUUCAGUCAGAGCUGUGCCCUUCUUAGGCAUCUGAGAAUCCACACUGGAGAGAUACUCUACACCAGUGGGUCUCAACCAGGAGUACACG